AUGGAUUCGAUGGCCAAGUGGUGGAAGCUUGUGGACGCCGUCUGGGACUACGAUGUAUGGGGAUAUCCGCCCGCGUUCACGCGCUUAUCAGAUGCGGUUGUCUUCAAGCUUCUCCUCAAGAAAAUUGCCAAGGUUCGCUCUGAGAACUGGCCAUUUGACUUCAACAGCAGAGGCCAAAUGAGGUUCGAGCGCGAACCGCAUGGUCCAGCGGUGUGGAUUGAGCGCAAGGGCCGAUACUACUAUCCCGAAAUUGGAGGGCGAUAUAUCCUGGGCGGGGAAAUAGCAGGAAGGAUGGAUUCUUGGUUCAUUGAGCCACCGUCGUAUGUUACCAGGAGGGAUUCGAUCUACUUUGGGCGUGUCGAGGUGCCCAGCUGGGCAAAGGACCAAGGAGCCAUCAUUGUCUCGUCGCGGGGUGUUACGGGUCUGACAUUCGAUGAUGAGGACCGCAUUUCCUGGGAUGGUAUGUCGGGGACUCCGGUUAUUUGGGCCAAGGAAGUGAGCCUUGAAUGCCCUACCAGCCUUACGCGAGCCACUGUUUUCGAUGUGGUGGAAACCCAAAGUGGCCAAGAUGCGAUCCUGGUCGCUUAUGACCCAGAUGAGGAACAGGAAGACGCUCAAGUCUCCACAAAGAUAAUCGACGUGAAAAAGGAAGAGCUCAAAAGGGAGGCCGUGAAGAAAGAGAGAAUUGCCAUCAAGUCAGAGGUGGUAAAUCGAAGCCAGAGACUUCACCUUCCGCGUACGCCCAAGAGGAAACCAGAGUCCCUGGUCAACCGUCGCAGCAAGCGUGGCAAAGCCACGUCGAGUGCCUUAAAAAAGGAGGAGAUUCCCAUCAAGUCCGAGGCGGUAAAUGGAACUUCCGAACUUGACCUUAAGAAUGAACCUGAUGUCAAACCACCUACCACCACGCCUCAGCAACAGCCUUCAGCACACAACAGGACUCCCCGUAUACUCAAGAGGGAACCAGAGCCCCACAUCGUCACCGGUCACAACAAACGUGGCAGAGCCCGGUCAAGUGCCUUGACCCAGGGCAGCAACACUGAAUCAUGGGUGGAAAUGGCUUCCACGAUGAUCCGCCAGGCAGCCUCUGCGGACAGGGAACAUCAGGCGCUAAUUCGAAGUAUUUGCGAGGACGUCAAAUCUCUUCAAUCCAGAAUUGAUGCUCUAAAGGCGUCAGCACCGCUGCCUAGAGCUCUACAGGAUGUCCGGAAACUUAUGGCUGAGCAUGAGGACGACGUGCUGGGGACAGAUCAGGUCGCGAGAACGAUGCAAAUCAUCCUGCAGAAACUCCCUUCUUGA